AUGUCGAUUGACGAAAUCCUACGUAUGUACAACGAGGAUCUCCCAUCACCCGAGGUGACCGACCUAGAAUUGAAACGUUGGAAAAUGCGAUAUGAAAAUGUGUCACCUGAGAGGAGACCUUCUACUCCAGCUGCUGCGUUGAAGGAUUGUGAUGGAACCCAUUUUCCUAACAUAAAAACUCUUCUCAGGAUCGCAUGUACUAUUCCAGCAACCUCCUGUGAGUGCGAACGAAGUGCAAGUUCAUUAAGGCGUUUACAUUCAUAUGCGAGGGCAACGAUGGGGCAAGAACGCCUGUCUGCAUUGGCACUCUUGCACAUUCAUUACGAUAAGGAGAUUGAUCUUGACCGUGUCGUGAACGUGUUUGUACAAUGUCAUCCAAGGCGUCUUGAACUCUCAUCGAUAAUUAAACCAUAA